UGGGGUUUAAUUGCUUGUCAUUGCAACAGAACUGAAUUGGAUCUUGGAUGGUAGAAGCAUAUCAGAAAGUCAACCAAGUUGAUCCACAAAGCAAAUUUAAUUUCAACAAAGAACAAUCAACUACCACGUUGGAGGGAUUGCAUUUCAAUUCAUCUAUACCUACUCAGAUACAUUUUUCGACAGAGAUAAAUAGCACAUGUACACAACUUCAAGAUUAAAGAUACCGGUUCUUUUCAGCUUUUGCGACCGAAACAUCAUUCAAGGCUCCAUCUCAAGGCAACAAAAGCCCUCAACCCCAUUCCAAGAAAGAAGGAACUCAUUGAGUCUGUCCAUUCCAAAAGAUUUCUCUAUCGGUUGUCCAGUCUACUGUAUCGGUCGAACCUCCGUCAGCAAGAAUCUAGUCACUUUCCGAAUAAUCAUUCAAGAUGUCUGCCUCCCCAUCUGGCAUGUCGAAUGGUCGAACUCCUACCCCAACUCCCAACAGCGGCGGCGCACCGCAAUUUACACGUAAAGUCAAGGCUGCUGAUCCCUUGAGACCACGAAAGAAACCUAUCCGCAGACCAAAUCCAUCUUCUACACCUGCCGGCGCGAACUUGAACGGCUUGACACCAGCCAGACCCAAUGGGCCUACAUCCUUAAACAACGUUUCUGGUCCACGCGCACCUGGUCCGAGAGGCCCGAUUCCUGUCAAUGGCAAUGUUGCGCCUAGACAAACAUACGGUGGUUGGACUCAUCCUCCCAAGGGAGAAGUCACGGAUUAUCCUCUCUUCACUACCAGGCGGGCUUUGCGUGAUGGAAUCCGAUAUCAUGCAAUGAGAUUUUCUGGAAAGAAAGAGGUUGACCCGACGGAUCAGAACGAGUUCACGCGACCAAUUUCUCUUCAUCGCAGAGACCCUCGGCAGCCACCUCCGGGCAAAGCAUUCAAGGAUGAAGAUGUAGUUAUGGAGGAUGCUGUCGAUUCCAAGGAGAGAGAAAGACAAGAGAUAUUGAAGGCCGAGAAGGAGGCGCAAAAGGCUGCCGAUCGUGCACAAAUAGCUCCCACUGGCAAUAAUGCCAAUGCAGCAGCUGCUAAGAAAGCUCAAGCUUUCCGAAAUGAAAAGACAACUCAAGUACAUCGCUUAGAUAAGACAGCAGAGCAAAAGAAAGAGUCCGAUCUUAGAUAUGAGGAAGCUUUACCUUGGCACCUGGAAGAUGCUGACAACAAGAAUACUUGGGUCGGUAAUUAUGAGAGUGCUUUGUCAGAAGUCAAUGUUAUGUUUUUCACAGAGGGAAGUGCUUUCAAGAUGAUUCCAGUUGAGAAGUGGUACAAGUUCACCUCGAAAAAUAAAUUCAACACUCUCACAAUCGAUGAAGCGGAAGCUUUGUUGAGUAAGAAGACUAAAGAAUCUAGAUGGGCGAUGAAAACCCAAGAGAGAAACGAAGCUCAACGUGCUACUCAGGAAAAUAUCCGAGGGAUGAAUAAGUUGUACACCGUCAAGACAGAGAGUGCAAGUUUCAAGGGGUCAAGCAGAAAUGAAACAAGAGAUAUUGAUGAGCUUGAUUUUGAUGCUGAUGAUUUGUUCCAGGAUGAUGAUGAGCUUGCCACAGUUGAGCCAGAUAGGGAUGAAGAUACAAAGGAUGCCCAGGAAAGAAUCAAGCAAGAUCAAAGAGGUGCCAACUUGUUUGGUGAAGCGGAUGAAGAAACCGUUGAAAAAGACUUCAUUAAAGAGGAACAAGAAUUGGAGGCAAAGAAGAAAUUGGGAAAGGGUGUCCGAAAGGCUUUAACGAAACGCGAAAAGAAUUUCAUCUAUGAUAGUGAUUCUAGCAAUCCAUAUGCUUCUUCGGAUAGCGAAGAUGAUACCUCCGAUGAAGAUAAGCAAAAGGAGAUCGACAAGAAGAAGGAUGAGGAGGCCAAAGCCAAAUUAAAGGCUGAAGCAAAGCCUUCAGGUACUUCGUCAAAAGGCAACACCACACCUUCUGGUCGACCUAAGCACACUGAUCCCUUGAAGAAAUCCAAGAAUCUCAAGAGAGCUGGAUCCCCAAACCUUUCAGAAUCUAGUGGAAAUGAGUCUUCCAGAAAGAAGCAUAAGAAGAAGCAUGUCGGCUCAUCUCAACCUACAGGUACAUCUACUCCAAUUCCUGGUCAACCUCAGAGAAAAUCAUCUAUUGUCAAGAUGUCGGUGAAUCCAAACGAGCUUUCAAGAAUCAGUUCUUCUACACCCAACCCACAAAGUGCCACAAGCGACGGAGAAGCCACUGGUGGUGAAAUGUCAGACGGAACCGGUUCAAAGAAGAAGAAGAUCACUCUUCGUAUGGGAGGAUCACCAACGACUUCAAGACCUGGUAGUCCAAUCCCUGGUAAAUCGAGUGGUAGCCGUGCUGGUAGUCCUUCUCAAGGAGCUGAAGCUACAUCGCCUUCUGGUUCUGGACCAAUUACGCCCAAAGAUAUUGCUGGUCUGCCUUCAACAGGUGUCUCCAUUAGUCAAAUCUUGGCACACUUCCGUGGAAGAGUUGGUGAUGGUGAAGGACAGACCACUAAAAAGGAGUUUAUGGAGAUGAUCAAGAAAUAUACCAAAUAUGGACCUGACAAACUUUUGCGACCAAAAGUUUAGAAAGCACGGUAUCAUGGUUGCCCGAAUCUUUGUGUAGAGAAGGGUUUCGGAUUUUCAAAUUUAAAUGUGGAGGGGAUUUAAUGGUGGAUAGUGGGUUAAAUGUGAGAUAGGAGAUGAUAUAAUCCCUUACAAAAAAGGGUGUUUGGUAAUAUGGAUAUGAGGGAAAAGUACAUUGGUCACUAUGGUACAUGCAACGAAUUUGUUACAAAGGUAUCAUGAUGCAUUGGGGUGGAAAGAAGGCAAAUCUCUUUCAAGUUGGCGAAGAUGAGAUCAUAUUAAUUGCGAAUACCAAUGCGGGAGGGAGGAAAUGAUUUACUAAUGGUUCUCAAGUAUAAUAUGCAUAUGUGGUCUAUUAGGCCGUGUAUGCAAAGUUUUCUUGAUGUUUUCAGAUGCCAUUCACAGUUCGUCUACAAUACCUACAUAGAAUAGGGAAAGAAAUGAUGAUAUAGAAAAAUACAUGAUUGUCAUGUUUCUACCG